CCCCAACCUCCCCGCUCCGCGGCUCCGGGGACUCGGCUCGGGAUCUCGCCUGCCGCGUCCGGGAUCCCUCGGCGGCCGGCUCGGGACGCGCCCCGGGGGGAAGCAGGCCCGACGGCUUCCCUGCGCGCCCAGAAGAUGAAUCCGUCCUCGGCCCCCCCUCCGCUGCCGCCGCCCGGGCAGCAAGUCAUCCACGUCACGCAGGACCUGGACACGGACCUCGAAGCCCUGUUCAACUCGGUCAUGAACCCCAAGCCCAGCUCGUGGCGGAAGAAGAUCUUGCCCGAGUCCUUCUUCAAGGAGCCCGAUUCCGGCUCGCACUCGCGCCAGUCCAGCACCGACUCGUCCGGAGGUCACCCGGGACCCCGGCUGGCCAGCGGUGCCCAGCACGUCCGCUCGCACUCGUCGCCCGCGUCCCUGCAGCUGGGCACGGGCGCGGGCACCGCGGGGGCCCCCGCGCAGCAGCACGCGCACCUCCGCCAGCAGUCCUACGACGUGACGGACGAGCUGCCGCUGCCCCCCGGCUGGGAGAUGACCUUCACGGCCACUGGCCAGAGGUACUUCCUCAAUCACAUAGAAAAAAUCACCACGUGGCAAGACCCUCGGAAGGUGAUGACUCAGCCCCUGAAUCACGUGAGCCUCCACCCUGCCGUCUCUUCCGCCCCGGUGCCCCAGAGGUCCAUGGCAGUGCCCCAGGCAAACCUGGUGCUGAAUCACCAACACCAGCAGCAAGUGGUGCCCAGUCCCCUGAGCCCGCAGAACCACCCACCUCAGAACCCGCCCACGGGGCUCCUGAGCAUGCCCACCGCACUGACCACCCAGCAGCAGCAGCAGCAGAAGCUGCGGCUCCAGAGGAUUCAGAUGGAGAGAGAGAGGAUCAGGAUGCGCCAAGAGGAGCUCAUGAGGCAGGAGGCGGCUCUCUGCAGACAGCUCCCCAUGGAAGCUGACACCAUGGCCUCUGUUCAGGCUGCUCCUGUCAACCCGCCCACCGUCACCCCAGACAUAAGGUCCAUCACCAGUAACAGCUCGGACCCUUUCCUCAAUGGAGGCCCCUAUCAUUCAAGGGAGCGGAGUACAGACAGCGGCCUGGGCUUAGGGUGCUGCAGUGUCCCCACAACUCCAGAGGACUUCCUAAGCAACGUGGACGAGAUGGACACAGGAGAGAGCGCAGGUCAGGCGCCCGUGAACAUCAACCCCCAGCAGACCCGCUUCCCCGAUUUCCUUGACUGUCUUCCGGGAACAAAUGUGGACCUAGGGACUCUGGAAUCUGAAGAUCUGAUCCCCCUCUUCAAUGAUGUGGAGUCUGCCCUGAACAAAAGCGAGCCCUUUCUAACCUGGCUGUAGUCACUCGCUGGCUUUUGGUGCAGCCGACAUUUCCUGGGCGCGUGGAGGACGGCAGGGAGCGGAGCAGCUCUGCACACAGGCCGCCCUCUGCCUCCUCCGUAGCCACUCUCCCGCCUUCCCCCGGGGCCGGUUAGUCACUGCCUGCUUUCGAUUGACAUGAACUUCAGUUAAAUAUAAAUAAAUUCUCUCAUUUUUUGAAAGCCUG